AUGACCGAGCCAUGGUGUCCCACCGACUCGCGCAUACUCCUCGGCGUCCUCGCGGGCCUCGCGGUAAUCGGCGCCUUCUUCUGGGCCCUGCGCCGCGCGCAGCACGGCGCGGACGGCGCCGUCUCGGCGGCGGGGGGAAAGCACGAAGGGCUGCUGAACAAGGACGUCGUCGCCGCCCCCGCGGGCGGCCAGGCCCCGGAGCCGGACAGCGGCGACGUGCCGCUCUGCGCGAUCUGCAAGGCGCGGCUCGCGGACGCGGCGGGCUGGGGCCCGUGCCGGCGCCUGCGGCCGUGCGGGCACGUCUACCACGCGGAGUGCAUCGGCAUGUGGCUCGAGCGGAAGUGGAUCUGCCCGGUGUGCCGGGCCGGCGUCGUCGCGUCGCGGACGGAGAUCAUCGACGCGAUGGUGUGA